AUGUAUAUAUCCACUGCCAAAUAUCAUGAUGGAUUUGUAGCAAAGUUAAUUGCAGAAAAUUGGGUGUUUAAUGAUAACGUUGUGAAGGGCACUUCUCGUCUUCUCUUGCCUAUGGUUGUGAUAGUCUUUAACAAUGGUGGAGUAUAUGGAGGUGAUCGGAGGAGCCCUGAAGAAGUUACCCCAUUGAAAGAUGAUCCUGCCCCCACUACCUUUAUUCCUGGUGCUGCUUAUCACACUUUAAUGGAGGCUUGCGGAGGAAAGGGUUACCUUGUUGGGACACGUGGUGAAUUGAAGUCUGGCCGAUCUGAAUCUUUUUCGACAAGGAAGCCAGCUAUCAUAAAUGUGAUCAUUGAUCCAUUUGCUGGUGCAGAAAGUGGGAGAAUGCAGCACAAAAACUGAGGUAGGAUUUAGCUCUAAUUUUUCUUUUGU